AGCGCUCACGGGUUAUAGCUAUAGCCAUGAGUGGAAUUAAUUCCAUCUACUUCCGGGUUCUCGUAAAGUGAACAAGUUCAACGAUCUAAAAUGUCAACGAUUGCUGGAGAAUCCUUACAAAUGGACGAAGAGGAGGAAUUUAAGAAAUUUGUAAUUUUAUACCGCAACGCAUUACAAGGGUCGGUAAUACCUGAAACAUACUGGAGGAGUCUCCAUCAUAAGCUCACCAACGAGAUUUAUGAUGCUGGGGAGGUGUUUACAAUAAUCCAAAUUCAAGAAAAUUAUGAUGAUAGUGGAAAGACUGGUGAGUGCACAGACAAGGACAAGCCUGGAACGAUGCGCUCCGAAGUGGUUGUUUCCUGCCAGAGUGGACUGCAAGCUUCACAGCCAACAAGUAUUUUCCUGGUCGACCACGCUUGGACGUAUCGUGUUGAUCACGCUCGUCAGCAGCUGCAGCAGAUUCCUGGCUUGCUGUCCAGAAUGGCGUCCCUCAUGGGGCUGGAUUUGAGUGCGAAGAAGAACGAUGCUGAUGGAGUUGACUUAGUGAUGGAGCACAUGUGGCUCUACAACCAGACAUAUCAACUUUCGCAAGGGUGUGCGGAGGAGAAGAUUCCAGUGUGGUACAUAAUGGAUGAGUUUGGUUCCCAAGUGCGUCACUCGGACCAACCCAGCUGUGGCAUGGCUCCCUUUUUCUUUGCCGAGGCCCAAGCGGCCUUCACUGUCCUCUGGCCUCUCAGAGAUCUGCAAAAGGGAGAUGAAAUAACCCGUGACUUUGCAUACAGCGAAGCGGACCCGCUGGUUCGACAGUGCCGUUUGUUCCCGUGGAUAUCGGCUGACCUUCAAGGGGUGUGUCCAAAAAUCACGGAGCCAGCAGAUUCAUACUAUGAGGCUGUUUUACGGGAGAAUAAAGAGCAACUUCCUGUGGAAAUUCAUCCCCCCGCACCACCCGAGGGCCAAAUCCUAAAGGUGUACUCUGAAAUGUCGCAAGUGAUUAAUCACUUGACGCAUGCUGGUUUUGAACUGACGGAGAAUGAGGAGGAGGCGGAUGUCAUUUGGAGCUACAACCACAUCAAAGAGUACAGAAAGUUCAGCAUGGAGCGACCUCAUGUGAUGCUGAAUCAGUUCCCCUGUGAGAACCUCAUCACUGUGAAGGACUGCCUUGCUGCCUUAUCCCGGAGAGUGACGAGAGCUUCUGAUGUGAUACCGAUAACCUUCAACCUCCAUACAGAGCUUCCACAAUUCAUAAGGCACUAUCAAGAGAGACAACAAAGGGGCCAAGAUAACCACUGGAUAUGUAAGCCGUGGAAUCUGGCCCGUGGAAUGGACAUACACAUCACAAACAACCUGAACUACAUAAUCCGACAGCGAGAGAGUACACCAAAGGUUGUGUGUAAAUACAUCGAGGACCCGGUGCUGUUCAAGAGGGAGGACGUUGGACUGGUCAAGUUUGACAUCCGCUACAUGUUGAUGCUACGCUCUGUCAACCCGCUGCGUCUCUACGCCUACAAUGUCUUCUGGUUGCGCUUUGCAAAUAGACCUUUCUCGCUGGAUCAUUUUGAUGACUACCAGAAACAUUUUACGGUCAUGAACUAUACGGAGGGUGUGCAGCUAAAGCAGAUUCACUUUGAUGAGUUCAUCUUGUUGUUUGAAAAACAGUACCCCCAAUAUACCUGGAAGGAAGUGGAAGCCCAAUUGUUCGAAGCAUUCAAGAGGCUCUUCCAGGCCGCUUCAUCUCGACCUGCCCCGUAUGGCAUUUGUCCAUACCCGUCUUCCCGUGCAAUCUACGCGGCAGACCUCAUGCUGAAGUGGAGAACAGAAGACAAUGGUCAGAGAGUCAUGAUUCCUCAAAUUCUUGAGUUCAACUUCAGCCCCGACUGCACCCGGGCGUGCCUCUACCACCCAGAUUUUUACAAUCACAUGUUCCAGACGCUCUUCUUGGACCGGCCUGAAGAUUGCCCUGUGACACAGAUUGCAUGAUCACCUUAUUUCUUCUUCUCCACCGACUUCCUUUGUUUGUAAAGCUGGAGAAAGUUUGGUUCUUUGUGCUUUUGGAAAGUAAAAAUACAAAUGAGGGUUCAGGUUA